UCGAACAGGCAAAUGUGCAGAUGUCCGGAAAAAGUUUGUGACGGUGACUUCCAUUGCGGCCAUCGCUCGUUUCAGAUCGAAAUGAGACUUCCGUGGCUCCAAUAAAGUCGGAUUACAGAGAUCCAUUCCCUGCAGCCCUAAAUCGGCGAUCCCCUUUCCUCUCCCUCCGCGUGCGAAGGCCGCCGGCGGUGCGCCUCUCCCCCCCUACCGGCCUUUCGGUGGAACUCCAGUUCCGUGGAAAUAAUCACUCCAAGGAAUUGAUGAAUAGUGCCAACACUUAUAGCAGUAGCAUUCGAGCAGCCUUCUCUUACUGUGUGCAACAAGUACGUAGUUAUGAUUACCACCAUUACCUUUGCGUGCUUCACCUUCCCCCAGCCAUGCGCAAGACUGCCUUUGCUCUCCGUGCCUUUAAUGUUGAAACUGCAAGGGCUAUGGAUGUUGCAUCUGAUCCCAAAAUUGGCCUCAUGCGCCUCCUUUGGUGGCAAGAUGCAAUUGACAAAAUAUUUGCGAAAAAGAAUGUUGAACACCCAACGGCUCAAGCUCUCUCGUCAGUUAUAUCAGAGCAUAAGAUCAGCAAGCACUGGUUGAAACGCUCAGUAGAUGCCAGAAUAAAUGAUGCAAGCAAAGAAGGGGGUGUCCUUCCUGAAACUAUAGCAGAUUUGGAGCAGUAUGCAGAGGACACUACGUCAACCAUGCUAUACAUGACCCUACAAGCUGGUGGAAUUUGCUCAACUUCGGCUGACCAUGCAGCCUCACAUAUUGGCAAAGCGAGUGGACUGCUUUUGCUGCUCAAAUCCCUGCCUUACCAUGCGAGUCGCCAAGGGAGGAUAUCAUAUAUUCCAGCUGAUGUGGCUUCUAGGCAUGGUUUGCUAAUAACAGCCCACGGAAGGUCCGAGAUUAAGAUGGAGUCAGGUGAGGCACUUUCAGAUGCUGUUUUUGAGGUGGCAUCCGUUGCCAGUCUUCAUUUGCAAAAAGCUCGGGAGUUGGCUCCAGCGGUUCCCACCGAGGCUCUUCCCGUGCUGCUCCCGGCGGUGCCUGCUCAGGUUCUUUUGGACACUUUAAGGCAGAGGAACUUCAAUGUGUUCGAUUCAAGAAUUUUAGGUGGUGUCCAGGGCGUAUCACCACUAUGGUAUCAGUUGAAGCUAAAGUGGCAUGCCUGGAGGAACAAGUAUUGAGUUCAGCUCCUGGCAGUCAGAGAUUGUAGUUUGAAGCCAAGAUUUUUGAGUCUCUUUUGUGUCUCUCUUGGUUGCUGAUUUAUUCGUCUCUCAAUUUUACACCUGGACUAAAUAAAAUUCAUGAAUGCCUGAUUGAUGAUGGUUUUUCAUCAAUCAAACUCACCAGCAUUGCUGAACGAGGGUGCAGGAUCCAAUCUGUCCACUCCUCAGGUAUAAAAUCUCUACGCUUGUGGUCUUGAUUCUGCCUUUGGAUUUCAAUUUUUAUAUGGGUACCAGUUUCUUGCAAAUAGGUCAGCAAGAAUGUUUGGAUCUUUAGCAAAUGGAAGAAUCAAUAUGACACUGGUCAUGUGUUUCACAAGCUCAACAGCAUGCCUGAAGGAUUCUGUAUUAGUCUUGGAGCAUUUCCUUGUCUUCUUCUGUUGUAGUAAGCUUUCUGGGACUUACUCUCCCAAUAAACAGAACGUUCCAAUUCAUUUCAAAUCCCUUGUAACCCUCCUGCUUGUUCAAGGGUGAAAAAAUCACUGAAUACUUCCUUUCAUCCAUGUUUUCCCUCUUUUCUUUAUGCUAUAUACAUUGGUUGGAGGUAAAAGCAUCUCCAUGAGCAUAAAUCAAAUUUAUGGUGUAUGCUGA